AUGCAUAGCCUCCUUGGAGCGGCAAUAGCGUCGGCGGUUCUGCAACUAUUACUGUCCUUCACAGGUCCGGCGUUUUGGGGUCUCAUCAAUCCGGAAUGGUCGCUAUGCAACAAGGGACGGAGGCAGUCCCCCGUCAACCUAGAGCCCGAGAAGUUACUCUUCGAUCCGAACCUGAGAUUUUUACAUAUAGAUAAGCAUAGAAUAAACGGACUGAUCAGCAACACUGGCCACUCGGUAAUAUUCACCGUGGAAAAUGAGACUCGCCAUCACAUAAACAUAACGGGUGGACCCCUCUCUUAUAAAUAUCAAUUUCAUGAAAUCCAUAUUCAUUAUGGAUUACAUGAUCAAUUUGGAUCGGAGCACGCUGUCAAUGGCUAUUCCUUUCCCGCCGAGCUAGGGGAUUUAUCGAACCCCGAGUUAAGAAUAUUGACAGAGGAGUUAGAAAAUAUAAAGUACGGAGGCGCCGAGAUGCCUGUCAACCGGCUGUCAGUGAGGGGUCUUCUGCCCGAUACGGACUAUUACAUGACGUACGACGGAUCAACCACAGCCCCCGCCUGCUACGAGACUGUUACCUGGAUAAUAAUUAACAAACCCAUUUACAUAACGAAACAACAGCUGCACGCCCUAAGGCGAUUGAUGCAGGGCGACGCGAGGCACCCGAAGGCCCCGCUCGGGAAUAAUUUCAGACCCCCUCAACCACUACACCACCGGGCAGUAAGAACUAACAUUGACUUUGACUUGAGCAAGUACCCAGGCAAGACUUGUCCCAGCAUGCACCGAGACAUGCAUUACAAGGCGAAAAGUUGGACGCAGUAUUGA